AUGUCUACUGCAAUCGCUGCUCCCUUCCAACAACCUUCGACCUUUGGUUCCCAAUAUCACAACAUGUCAAGCAGUCCUACACAACCUACCGCCCAGCGCAAUAACAGGCCGCCGCGUACUCGCAACGUCAACAUCCACAACAACGCUCAAAACACUCAAUCCGACUCGGGACUCCCCUCGCAAGCCACUACUCCUAGGCCGAAGAAGAACAGACCGAGACAGAACGACAAUCGCGCCGCUUCCAACAGUGAUGUGCCCAAGUCUGCCAACGCCAGGCCCAAGCCUUCUCACAAAUCUCCUACCGCUACACCUGCGAAACCCGCUGCUUAUGCUGGUCCUACCUUCCAUGCUUCUCCCGCCGCUUCAAAUCUGCCAAUGCCCAAGUUUGCUUCCAAGUCGGUACCCCCUGUCACAACAAGCAAUUCCCUGCAAGCGAAACUCGAUGCCGAAUCCACAAAGCUCAGUGCUCCGUCACCGUCUCUCGACAAUGCUGCCCCACAAGCUUUGUCGAGGGAGAGAUCUCCGCUCGAUAUAUUCUUCAACGCCGACAGGCAGGAGCGGGCAAUCAAGAGUUCGCCUCUAGCCCAAAGACGUGCAACACCACCCGAAGCAAAGGGCAUGUUCAACCUAGACAUUGACUCUUCUAGCAGCCCUGCUCCCAAUCGUAACCAGGCAGAGAUCGACAGGCAGGCUUACACCCAAUCGCUGAAGAACUUCUUGAACUUGCAACCCUCCACCACUUCUCCUGCCCAGCCUCGCGCUCAGCCAAAUCCUGCAUUUCAAACGCCUCAGCAGCAGCGCACUCUUGACGCUGAUCCUUCUCUGCACUACGGAAACCGCAGUCUGACACCACUUUUCCAUGCUGCUCGCACUCCUUCUUCGCCUCAGACCACUAUGAACACUACCCCCAAGCGCGAGCCCUCUGGUCAUGCGCAGCAACCUUUCGAUCCUCGUGCCUACCUCGAGUCUCAAUCACCCUUCAUCUCGCGUCCUCAAAACUCUACAGCCUCGCCCCAGCAGCAUCAUUAUCAGCCUCAGCCUUACCACAGCCCUGCGCAGUAUAUUGGAGCUCAUCGACCUCAGCCACCUCCUCCUCAACGUCCAUUGGAACAUGACCAUUCGCCUGAUGUUAAGGGCAUGGAGGCCAAGCUCAAAGGCAUGCUCAAACUCACCUAG